CGGAUUGACUGCUCUUUUUGUGUCGCUCCCUACCUACCCAAACUAUCGCGGAUACAGCUGGUAUAGAACAUUGGAGCUGCCCUUAUCAACCUAGCCCACAAUCCUCCGUAAAAUCUGGGGAAAUUUACCUAGUGUAGUGAUAUUUCCCCACCCUUCGGUCACACUUUGAACCGAUUUAUGACAAGCCCCACGUUAACAGAUUCCGGGGUUGAGUGAGGAGAACGUCCCCGCUGCUUGGACGGACUUCAUACAAAUUGCGCUUUAAUCGCGUCUCUAGAGUAGUUGAUUGAUCUCUGCGGUCUAAUUGCUUUUUUAACCGUGUCCAUACCUCACGUAAAUAGCGCAAAACUCGUUUCACAUCCAUUGCACACUAUGCCUGAUGCUGUACUGGACGAUAUUUCUCAUCGGCGAUACAAUCCGUUGAGAGGGAGUUGGAUCUUGGUCUCGCCGCACCGGACAAAGCGUCCCUGGCAGGGCCAACAAGAAGCUGCAUCAAAGACAACGCUGCCUCUAUAUGACUCUUCAUGCUAUCUAUGUCCUGGAAACAAGCGCGCACAAGGGGAUGUGAAUCCGAAAUAUGAAAGCACAUUUGUCUUCGUCAAUGAUUACAGCGCAGUCAAAGAAGAACAAGCUGAAUACCACCCGGAGAAUGUGGAUAAAGUGGAAUCGACACUCCUUCGAGUUGAGCCUGUGACGGGAAAAUGCUACGUUAUUACCUUUUCGCCAGCGCACAAUCUCACGCUUGCCGACCUCAAGCCGGUCGAAAUAAUACCCGUGAUACAGACGUGGACGAAGCUCUAUGCGGCGCACAUCUCACCCAACUCUCCACUUGCCGCGGUUGCUGGGCCCACCUCCCUGCCACCACAAACACACGAUGGCGAUCUCGCCGCUCCCAAUGCCCAGUACCGCUACAUGCAAAUCUUUGAGAACAAAGGCGCCGCCAUGGGCUGCUCGAAUCCGCAUCCACACGGACAGGUUUGGGUCACCACCGGUCUCCCAGAAGAGCCUGGCCUGGAAUUGGUACAAUUGCAAAAAUAUCGCAAGGAGAAUAACGGUCAACAUAUGCUCAGAGACUAUGCGCAGCUAGAGUCUAGAAAGAAGGAGCGAAUCGUAUUUGAGAAUGGCACAUUCCUGGCAUUGUGUCCAUGGUGGGCAGUCUGGCCAUUUGAAGUCAUGAUUUUGAGCAAAGAGCACAAGAGAUGCCUGCUAGACCUCGACGAGCAAGAAAGACAAGAUCUGGCCGAGGCUAUCUCGGAAGUCACUCGGAGAUACGAUAAUCUCUUUGAAACACAUUUCCCGUACAGCAUGGGUAUUCACCAGGCGCCAUUAGAUGGCACCGUAGAGGAGAUUGAAUCUAGCCACUUCCACAUGCAUUUCUACCCGCCCCUCCUGCGGAGCGCCACUGUUAGGAAGUUUCUCGUUGGAUACGAAAUGAUGGCCGAACCCCAGCGCGACAUCACACCCGAACAAGCAGCUGCAAGGUUACGCAACGCAGGUGGUGCGCUUUACAGAUCAAAGCUGGAGUGAAACGAGAGAAUGAGAGCGGUCUGGAUUGUACUAGAGCAGGGUCUGGCCUUUAUAUGAUUGAGAUGUCGUCCAUAGUUGAUGUUGGUGUCAGAGGUUAGAAGAUAGCGCAGGUAACAUUUAAUUGAAUGACUAUGGUUUGUCUGGUUGCUUGAACGGACUGAUCUGCAGGCCUAUUUGAGUUUUAUUCUCCUCUCCAAUAAAUUUACUACUGCACAUAAUAGCUCCACUGAGAAACCAUCCAGAGCAAGGU